AUGAAAGAACCAUCAUCUCUGCUGAGUCUGCUCUCUGCUCUGACUGUGAGUCCCAGCAGAUCUCAGUUCUUUCAAGGAGAAUCCGUGUCUCUGAGCUGUGAGGAGAACAACAGCUCUGCUGGAUGGACUGUAUGGAGAAACACAACUGAAGGGAAUAACAAGUGUAGAGAUGGAUGGGGGGAACCAGCUGGUUGUACCUGCAAAAUUCUCCUCUUGCUGUAUUGGGACAGUGGAGUUUACUGGUGUGGGUCGUCCAGAGAGGGAGCAGCCAGCAGCAGCAUCCAGCUCACUGUCACUGGUGGAUCAGUGAUCCUGCAGAGUCCUGUCCUCCCUGUGAUGGAGGGAGAUGACGUCACUCUGAGCUGUCUAACAAAGACCACUCCCUCCAACCUCCCAGCUGCUUUCUAUAAAGAUGGCUCCCUCAUCAGGACUGAGCCCAAAGGUCACAUGACCCUCCACCAUGUGACCAGCUCUGAUGAAGGCCUCUACAGGUGUAAGAUCAGGGGUCAUGGAGAGUCUCCAUCCAGCUGGAUCUCUGUUGAAGGAAAUCCCUCCAUCCCUCCUCCUCCUGACUUAACCACACAUCCACCUGUAUCUGUUACAGGUAAAUCUACUCUCCAAGCUCCACCUACAUCAGCCACAACUAAUGUUGGACUUCAUAUUCAUAUUUUUAUCCACCUGCUGAUGCUUGGUCCAUACCUCAUCUCUACUCUCCUUAUUGUUUCUAUAUAUCGACGAGCAGCAGGAACCUCCUUCGUGUGGAUGAACAGGUCCACUCAGACCAAGACUGGAUUGGAUGAUAACUCUGAUGAUGUCAUCAGUGGUGUUACUGCAGAACAUCACUAGCCUGAC